AUGGAGACCCGACGCCGCCGGAAGACUUGUCAGCUGCUGUUCUGGAGCCUGGUGCCUGCCUUGUAUGCCCUGUCUGCCCCACGCGGGUGGUGCUGCUCAGGCUGGCCCCGACUCGAGACACCGGAAUGCCUGUCCACCCGUCCACUCCUGGGCCCCUUCCUCGCGGGGCGGGCUGUAGGGCACGGCGGGUUCGCAUGCGCGGGGCGGUGCUGGGGGUGGGGCGAGCAGCUGCCUGGCGGAUUCGCGCGGGUGCUGAGAGUGGCCAGCGAAGGCAGCGUUCGCCGCCCCUCAGCCGAGGUCCCUGCGCCGCCGCCGCCGCCUGCGUUUCGGUUUGUGAGCAGGCCCGGCCCGGCCGGGAGCGAAAGCGAGACCGUGGAGCAGUCGCCGCCACAGUCGCCAGGGCCGGGGAAGGCGGGCGAUGCCCCCAACCGCCGCUCGGGCCAUGUCCGAGGGGCGCGCGUGUUGUCGCCGCCGGGGCGCCGCGCCCGCCUGUCGUCCCCCGGGCCCAGCAGCUCGUCCGAGGCCCGCGAGGAGCUGCGCCGCCGCCUCCGGGGCCUCAUUGAGCGCAGCCGGGUGAUGAUCUUCAGCAAGAGCUACUGUCCCCACAGUACUCGGGUGAAAGAACUCUUUUCUUCUUUGGGAGUUGAAUGUAAUGUCUUGGAACUUGAUCAAGUUGAUGAUGGGGCCAAGGUUCAAGAAGUGCUGUCAGAAAUCACUAAUCAGAAAACUGUGCCCAAUGUUUUUGUGAAUAAAGUGCAUGUAGGUGGAUGUGACCAAACUUUCCAGGCAUAUCAGAGUGGUUUGUUACAGAAGCUCCUUCAGGAAGAUUCAGCAUAUGAUUAUGAUCUCAUCAUUGUUGGUGGUGGUUCUGGCGGCCUUUCAUGUGCGAAGGAAGCUGCCAUUUUGGGAAAGAAAGUUAUGGUGCUAGACUUUGUUGUCCCAUCACCUCAGGGCACAUCCUGGGGUCUUGGUGGCACUUGUGUAAAUGUAGGUUGUAUUCCUAAGAAAUUGAUGCAUCAGGCUGCCCUUUUGGGGCAGGCAUUGUGUGACUCAAGGAAAUUUGGCUGGGAGUAUAAUCAACAAGUGAAGCACAACUGGGAGACGAUGACAAAAGCGAUUCAGAACCACAUCAGCUCUCUAAACUGGGGCUACAGGUUGUCUCUGAGGGAAAAGGCUGUGGCCUAUGUCAAUUCCUAUGGAGAAUUUGUUGAACAUCAUAAAAUAAAGGCGACCAAUAAAAAAGGACAGGAGACUUAUUAUACUGCUGCACAGUUUGUCAUAGCAACGGGUGAAAGGCCACGAUAUUUAGGAAUCCAAGGAGAUAAAGAAUACUGUAUUACUAGUGAUGACCUUUUUUCUCUGCCUUACUGCCCUGGCAAAACAUUAGUGGUGGGUGCCUCUUAUGUCGCCCUGGAGUGUGCAGGGUUUCUGGCUGGCCUUGGCCUAGAUGUCACAGUUAUGGUACGCUCAAUCCUUCUCCGUGGCUUCGACCAAGAAAUGGCAGAAAAAGUGGGUUCCUACAUGGAGCAGCAUGGUGUGAAGUUCCUACGGAAAUUCAUACCUGUGAUGGUAAGGCAGCAUGGCAUUUGCAAUUUCUUUUCUCUAACUUUUCACUUUAUCCCACCUUAUUUCAUUUCAUUACAUAAAUUAGUCUGUAUUCAAAUAAUGUUACAACAGUGUUUCUACUCCCUAGUCUACAGAGCCAACCUCAUUUGCCCCCUCGUAUCCUCUUCUGAUAUAGGAGGUGUGCUUGCUCUUCUCAGAGGCUUUGUAUUUUUGAUUUCUCUCCAAAUGCAGGUUUUGUUAGCUAUUGGUCGUGACUCCUGUACAAGGAAAAUGGGCUUGGAGAAGAUUGGUGUCAAAAUUAAUGAGAAGAGUGGAAAAAUACCUGUAAAUGAUGUGGAACAGACCAGUGUGCCAUAUGUCUAUGCUGUUGGGGAUAUUUCGGAGGGUAAGCCAGAGCUCACUCCUGUCGCCAUACAGUCAGGCAAGCUGCUAGCUCGGAGACUUUUUGGGGCCUCUUUAGAAAAGUGUGAUUAUAUUAAUGUUCCGACUACGGUGUUUACUCCUCUGGAGUAUGGUUGCUGCGGAUUAGCUGAAGAAAAAGCUAUUGAAGUAUAUAAAAAAGAGAAUCUAGAAAUAUAUCAUACUUUGUUCUGGCCUCUUGAAUGGACAGUAGCUGGCAGAGAGAACAACACUUGUUACGCAAAGAUAAUCUGCAAUAAAUUAGACCAUGAUCGGGUGAUAGGAUUUCAUAUUCUUGGACCAAACGCCAGUGAGGUUACCCAAGGAUUUGCAGCUGCAAUGAAAUGUGGGCUCACAAAACGGCUACUUGAUGACACCAUUGGAAUUCACCCCACAUGUGGGGAGGUGUUCACGACUUUGGAAAUCACAAAGUCGUCGGGACUAGACAUCACUCAGAAAGGCUGCUGAGGCUAGGCCUGCUGCUGUUUAGUUUUCCUUGUCAUAUUCUCAUUUCUCUCAAAGAUAAGAACACUCUCAGAUAACAUGAACCUGUGCUGAUGACAGCUGCUCUGUUACUCAGGGACCAGUGCAGGGCUGCCUUACAACACUGAGAUGAGAAAGUAGACGAGGAGACAGCACAGCAGUGGGCAUCUGCCCUGUAGUCUCGCUGACUGCGAGAAGCAGUGGGACUGCUUCCUUGACGCCUUAGCUUGGAGCCCUGUUGUGAGGUGAGCCAAGGCCGACUCUCGCAAGCCAGGACUGAGCUUCCCUCGGAAAGACCUUUGAGUGGCACCAUUCAUCUAAGUUAGCUUUUCUGGUCGCCAUUUUGUUUU